UGAAAUAAUCAAAGGAGCCCUCAGCGCAUUUAUCCUUUUCAUUUGGCUUUCCUUGCAAGUAAACCGUGUUUGACUGGGGGGGCCCUGGCGGAGAGGUGGAGGUGCAUGCUUCUGCAGUGGCGUCUCUGUGCAUCAGCUGUGCUCAUGGCUCGGAGGAGGGCUGCAGGCGGCUGCUGCUGCUGCUGCUGCUCCCGGGCUCCCCUGAACGAAGACAACGCUCGUUUCUGCUUGCUGGCCGGCCUCAUCCUCCUCUACUUGCUGUGCGGAGCGGCUAUCUUCUCAGCUUUGGAGCACCCAUUUGAGAUCCGUGCCCAGCUUCUCUGGAAGCAGCAGCUGGAGAACUUCACGAGGCGGUACAGGGUCAACCUGGGCGCCCUGCACACCCUGCUGCGGCAGUACGAGCAGGCGAAUGGAGCAGGGAUCAGAGUGGACGAGUUGAGGCCACGCUGGGACUUUUCUGGAGCUUUUUACUUUGUGGGCACUGUGGUCUCUACUAUUGGUUUUGGCAUGACCACACCGGCAACCAUCGCCGGAAAGAUAUUCCUCAUCUUCUAUGGCCUCAUUGGUUGUGCAGCCACCAUCCUCUUCUUCAACCUCUUCCUCGAAAGGAUCAUCACCAUGUUGGCAUACAUCAUGCGCUGGUGUCAUGAGCGGCGGUUGAGGUGCGGAGGAGCGGGUGUGGUGUCUAACAGAGAGGAAUCAUCCGGUGAAGAGGACAGCCUGGAAGGCUGGAAACCGUCAGUCUAUUACGUGAUGCUGAUUCUGGGACUGGCGUCUGUUGUGAUUGCCUGCAGCGCCUCCACCCUAUACAGCACCAUGGAGAACUGGAGCUACGUCGACUCCCUCUAUUUCUGCUUCGUGGCAUUCAGCACCAUCGGCUUUGGGGACCUGGUGAGCAGUCAGAGGGAGCGCUAUGAAUCCCAAGGGGCCUACCGGCUCGGAAACUGCCUUUUCAUCCUAAUGGGAGUGUGCUGUAUCUACUCGCUCUUCAAUGUCAUUUCUAUCAUUAUCAAGCAAACUCUCAACUGGAUCCUGGGGAAGCUGGCCUGCUCUGGGCAACGCAAGCUCUGCUCCUGCCCCUGCCUUCGUGGUAAAAAGCAAAGCAAGAGGGGUCCGGCGGCACGCCUCACACUCAAGCGAGUGAAACGCAACGCUGUGCAGCCUGUCUCCGCCCAGUGCCCCAUGGGAAGGCAGCGCUACACGGACGGCUCUGUGGAAAGUGUGUGUGACAGCGAGACAGAUGCUGGUCCGGGGGCUGAAGUGCAUCUGGGCCGUCGUCUGUCUGGAGAGAUGAUCUCUGUCAAUGAGUUCAUGGUGUCCAAUAAGGUGUCUCUGGCGUUGCUGCAAAAGCAGCUGAGUGAAACUGCUCACCAAGGGCCACGGCAGAGCUAUGGGCACCAGAACGGGUUUUCUGGAGGGGUGGGGGCCUUGGGAAUUAUGAACAAUCGCCUGCAGGAAACCAGUGUGGAUAGAUAGCUUCAUUUGGGCUCUUUAGAAAAUCAUUAGCUUUGUCCUAUCUGCAUUUGAAAACCAAAUCAUGUGAAUUCGAACUGUUUUUUCCCCAAGUGCAGUAGAUUAGUUUAGUUGAGAGAACAGCGGACUUUCAUAGUGAACUCUGCGAAGCAAGUAAGUGAUCAUUUUAUUUGGCGAGGCGAGAAAAAAACCUGAAAUUUUUAGCUUAAAAAAGACUUGUGAAGAGGGGGCCAAAGUCAUCAAGUGACUGACUCAUACCAAAGCAAUCAGACGAAAGAAGCAGUGAAGGACCACUUAAAGGAGGCUGCUGAUUUGAAGAAUGCUGCACAUGUUGCUGGACCUCACAGAACAGAGAGGAUUGUAUCAGAUCAUAGUAGUUAAUUAUGUGCAAACGCAAUAUCUACCAUCGCUUCUCAGCGAUCCAUUUCAAACGUAAAAUAAUUAAAAUGUGACCUGUUUUAAAAAUAGCUCCUGCAGAACUAUAGAAAGGCUAGCAAACAGCAAAAAGGAGACAUUUUAAUUUGUCGAUCGCUCACAAAGCACCCAUCUUAGAAGUAAUUUAAAUUCAUAGUCAUCUUGAAGAAGAUCCAGGGCUUUCAGCAGAGAACAUCUAAUCAAAUGUGGCUUGUAAAGGACACUCCUGUGUCAAUAAGAGCCACAUAAGUAGUCACGCCAUCAUAUAAACACAGAGAGAAAAGCUUAAGCGAUCCACAGCGAACUCUUAAGAGAUCCUUUACUAUGCAAGGAUAGAAGUAUACGUCUAUGGCGUGUAGCAUUGAUGUGGCGUGUUUUUAACAGACAUUUUAUUUUAACAGUUCAAAGUCUUUUUCCUCUUUUUUGCUUCAAUAAAGAAACAUUUUUGGCAAACGUUGUCAACUACCGGUAAUUUAGUAAGUUUGGCAGUUUUAUUUUAUUAAAACCUUUGAGACAGAAGCGAGAUAGAAUCUGGAAUUAGUUGUAAAUAAAUGUUAAAAAUCUACCAUUUGUUAAUCAAAGAAGUGUCAAAUCUCCAGGAAAACAGAUUUUUAUACCUGUUGGAUUGUUGUUUUUUUGACAAGUGUUGCAAGAAGACUUUUUCUGUUGAGUUUGCACACAUCUCAGGAGGGGAUUUAGCGCACUCCUCAUUAAACUAGCUUUAAAUCUUUUAUUUCUCUUUGCUGCUGCUUGGUGACUUAAAGCUUCAGCUCCCUGUACACAUUUUCUGUUGGACUCUGGUCCAAACACUUACAGUGGCAAUCCAUGACCUUGCUGUGUUUCUUCAGCCAUUUUUGUGUCCUUGUAGAUAUGUUUUAUGAUAUGUUCAAAAUGUGGAAGACAGAAUUCCAGCGUCAAAUACGUAUUUAUUUUAAUACAAAUGCAAAUACGUUUGAACAUUUAUGCAAUUUGUUUUUUCUUAACUAUUAUUUUUGUCUGUCAUUCUGU